ACAUCAAGUCACUGGAUCUUCUCCCUUCAGUUGGUAUUCUUCUAUUUGCUUGAGGGAUCAUGAGUGGUAAGCUGUGGACAGAAGAGCAGUUUAACUGCCCCGUGUGUCUGGAUCUCCCCAAUGAUCCGGUCACCAUCCCCUGUGGGCACAGCUACUGCAUGGGUUGCAUCAAGGACUACUGGAGCAAGGAUGAACCCAAGGGGAUCUACAGUUGCCCCCAGUGCCGCCAGACCUUUUGUCCUCAGCCCUCUCUCUCUAGGAACACCAUGUUGGCUGAAGCUGUGGAGCAACUCCGCAAAGGAACCCCAAGGUCUGAAGUGUAUCAAAGCAUGCGAGGAGCAGUAAAAUCCAAAAAGAAUCUGCCCUCGUCGGCCGUGCAGUGCGACCUGUGUAAAGGAGAACAGAGGGCAGCAGUCAAGACCUGCUUGGUGUGCAUGAGCUCGUACUGCGAGAACCACCUCAAGCAACACCAGACCAACAAGGCCCUGAAGGACCACGAGCUGAUAGCACCGACAGGCAACUUGGCCGAGAAGAUCUGCACACAGCACAAGUACCUACAGGAGUUCUUCUGUCGCCAGUGCAAAGUGUUUAUCUGUUGGCUGUGCACCACCAACCAGCACAAAGGUCAUCAGAGCGUGUCCACCAAGGCUGAGCGCAUAGAGAAACAGAACGUUCUGUCCGAGAUGCUGACUGAAAAUCAGCAGAAGCUCAAAUACAGACAGCAGGAGCUGAAGGACAUGAAGAAGAUGAUGGACGGAAUGAAGCGCUCUGCAGGCCGGGUUCACAGCGACUCAGAGAAGGUUCUGCAGGAGCUGCAGCAAUCACUGGAGCGACUCCAGGAGCUGUUGGAGGAGGUGCUGGAUGAGGUCGGCCGGGAGAAGAUGGAGAAGGCUCAGGAGGUGACCGACAACCUCGAGGCAGAGAUCAGGGAACUGAAGAAGAGGGACACUCAGAUGAAAGACCUCAGUCAAUGUGAAGACCACAUCUACUACCUGCAGAUGUAUGAAACCAUGUGCAGUCCAUUAGAGUCGGGUGACCUUCCACCUGUGCAGGUAAACCAGGAAGCUUCCUUUGAACCUGUAAGGGAUGCCAUUCUGGAUCUAAGAGACCAAGUAGAGGAACUGUGCAACCUGGAGCUCAGCAAGAUCACCAAAAAAGUCACCGAGACAACGUUAUUCACACUGGGCAGUGGCAAUCGCAGCACCAGAGCGGGCUUUUUGAAAUUGUUUUCCCGAAACCCAAACAACCGUUCGGCAGGCUCUUCGCCAACCAUCUCACUGACAUCGCGGAGUGCAGAAAGACGAGGUCUAGGUGUCCGAGGGCUAGACGUGAGGAACAGAGACACCACACGAGAGGUCACACAGAGGUCACCCAGAUUGUGGUCCCGACAGAGGCGAGAUGAAGGCGAGUCGGUGAAGGAGAACACCCUAAGACCCAGCCCGACUCCAAGCCGAAGAGCGUCCCAGUCCCUGUGGAGCAGGUCCAGUCAGUGUCAGGAUGUCCCUGCAGUCACUUCUCCAACCCUAGUGAGUCCAAAUGGAACUCUUGCGGCUGUCUCUGCUCCAGCUCCUCCUGUCGCUUCUCUUACUCCUGCACCGCCGUCCAAUGGAGCAUUUAGUCGGAUGCCGUCUAUCAGCAGCAUUUUCCGUUCCCGCCGUGGAAACGCGCAUGUCGGAAACGCACCAUCUGCAGGCACAUGGGUGAUGGAGACUGUGCCUGAAACACCAACACAAGUCAACCCCAGUCUGUUCUUGGACUUGCCCACAACCACGGUUCCUACUCCCGCUUUACCUGCAUUGAGAGAGAUCAGCAUUGACAGCAUCCAGGCUCCAGAACCAAGAGCAAGGGAAGAGUUCCUACAAUAUUCUGUCAACUUCACCCUUGACCCAAACACUGCCCACCGGCGUCUGGUUCUCUCUGAUAACAACACCAAAGCUACCCUGCAGGGUGCAGCGGUGGCCUACCCUAAUACCCCCGAGCGCUUCGACGGUUGGACCCAGGUGAUGUGCGGCAGCGCCUUGUAUGCCCAACGCUCCUACUGGGAGGUGGAGUGGCGAGGCAGGGGGUCCUCAAUGGGCGUGGCCUAUGGAUCGCUCCUCAGGAAAGGCUCAGAUGCCAGGUCCGGAAUCGGUUACAACGCUCAGUCCUGGACUCUAGAGCUGUCAGACACCUGCUGCUUAGCUUUGCACGACAACCAAAAAAGGGACAUACCGGUCAUCUAUUCCCCCCGUCUGGGCAUCUUCGUGGAUCUGUCCACGGGGACGUUGGAGUUCUACGGCGUAGCAGAAAACAUGACACACCUUCACACCUUCCGGGCAAACUUUACCCAGCCCGUAUAUCCCAUCUUUGGUGUGGGCAGUGGGGUCGGAGUGGGUCUGGACUUUGCACUUGGACAGUUCAGCUCUACCUCUGACAGCAUCAAGUUGUGUCCCAUGUGAGGACACUUCGAACAGAGGAUAUCGAACAUGACUGAAGUGUACCCGUACUUGUUUUCUUACAGUGGAACCCAUUUUUGUCGACUGACUGAUGUUGACAUAACAUGUGAAUCUGUCUAGAGACAUAAGAAUGGGCCAAUAAAUAAAGCAAUGCUUUU